AUGCGUGUGUUAUUGUUAUUAACCGGAACUAGCACAAUUAAUGAUCCGAUCGAUGGCUCCUGGACCUGGUUUAUUUUGUUUUGUACAAAGAGAAUGUAUGUCAGAAACAUUAUCCGUGGUGUCGUAGCUACCCCAGUAGCAACGAGUACGAACUUCUACAAUACUCCAGCACCGGGAGCUACGCCAGCAAUGAACAAACUGCUCACAAAAACAAGGGAGUUGUUGAAAACCAAUGUCGGCUCCACCGUCCACCGGGGAUUUAGCAGCAGCAGCCAAACUGAGCUUGUUGGAGAAGACCGGGCGCCUAUUAAGUCUUAUAAAAGCAUUCCUCGAGCUGGUUUACCAGGCAUCGGGAAUCUACCAGAUAUAUUGAGGCACGGCUUUGGUGCAAUGCAUUUGAAUCAGAUUAAAAUGUGCAGGAAAUAUGGCAUGCUGUUUCGUGUCCAAGUUGGUCCCAGUGAAACACUACAGAUAUCUGAUCCAGAUCUGGUAAAGGAGAUGAUGCGUCAAGAAGACUGGAAUCCUGUUCGUGUUGAUAUUGCACCGUGGAAAGCUUACCGAGAUCUUAGAGGGGUUGACUACGGGUUGGUAACGCUAGAUCAUGAACCAUGGCAAAAAGCACGGAGUAUCCUAAGCAAACCUUUGUUGCGACCAAAAGAAAUUGUUCAGUACAUGGACAAAUUGAACGAAACAGGAGAUGAACUCAUUCAACGGUUGGUACGAGUGAUGAAAGACACAGGAGAAGGGAACACUGUUCCAGACCUGGACAAUGAACUUUACAAGUGGGCCUUAGAAGCUGUGGCCAUUGUUCUGUUUGACGUUCGUCUAGGAUGUAUGAAAGACUCCAUCCCAGCUGAAGCGCAAGAGUUUAUAGAUGCAAUUAAUAAGAUGUUCAGCACUCUCGCCCCACUGAUGUUAAUACCAAUGCGUGUACACACAUCGCUGAAUACUAAAGUUUGGAGGAAGCACGUGGAAGCAUGGGAUACUAUAUGGAAUACAGCUAUGAAAUAUAUAAAUCAAAAAUGCAAAUCCAUCAGUGAAAGCAACAAACAUCAUCAGGAGGAUCAAGUUGUGGACCUUUUGACGUAUCUACUGGCCAAAGAAAAGCUCUCGAUGAGUGAAAUAUGUGGCAAUGUGGCAGAAUUAUUACUAGGAGGUGUGGACACGACUUCGCAUACUCUACUGUGGGCAAUGUACAGGCUUUCAAGAGCGCCAGACUGCCAAGAACGUCUACACUCAGAGUUAGUGAGUGUGCUAAACGGAGCACCUCUUAAUGAAGACAACAUUAACCAACUUCCAUACCUCAGGAGUGUCAUCAGGGAAACGCUAAGGUUGCACCCGGUUGUUGUUGGCAACAGCAGAAUUCCAAAGAAGGAUAUAACACUUCAAGGAUUUAAUGUUCCAAAAGGUACAUUGGUCAUGAUGGCGAAUUAUGCAAUGUCAAGAGGUGAAGGAAACUUUGCAGACGCUAAUGAAUUCAAGCCAGAACGAUGGCUUAGAGGAAACGAUGAAAGCAAAAUGAAUAAAUUUGCCUCACUACCAUUUGGUUACGGAACCCGUAUGUGUGUUGGAAAGCGGCUUGCAGAAAUGGAAAUCAAAAUAUCACUUUCAAAGAUUUGCUUGAAGUUUUUUUUGGAGCCAACAAAUGAUGAAGAGCUUGUCGGAAAGUUAAGAGGCAUAUUGAUUCCAGAAAAAAACAUUCCAGUCAAGUUUGUGCAUAGAAAUGUGAUGGAAGAAUAACCUAUUAAUGGCAUAUAAACUGAAUAAGUAAUAGAGUACUGUAAAUAACAUGAAUAUUUUAUUACCUGUAUUUUUAUAUAGAUUUUAAUGACAGGGUUGGCAAAAGCAUGGUUUCUCAUUGAACUGCAAUAUCUCAACUACCUCUUGUACAAAAUAAUUGUACAGUGAAAUCACCAAGGGCUUUCGUUAUUUGUCACAGUAAUCAAAUGUUUAUGACAGCAUCGACACAUAUAUAAUAUCAGGAAUACUUAAAAAAUCAAUGCAUUAUAGUGAUGCUACACAGCCUGGUAUGUUUUACUUUGAGUAAACAUCUAUUGUACUGUUCUUUUUUUUGUACGUACAAAUAGGUACCGCAAUAGCUUAAUGACAGGGUUGGCAAAAGCAUGGUUUCUCAUUGAACUGCAAUAUCUCAACUACCUCUUGUACAAAAUAAUUGUACAGUGAAAUCACCAAGGGCUUUCGUUAUUUGUCACAGUAAUCAAAUGUUUGUGACAGCAUCGACAUAUAAUAUCAGGAAUACUUAAAAAAUCAAUGCAUUAUAGUGAUGCUGCACAGCCUGGUAUGUUUUACUUUGAGUAAACAUCUAUUGGUACAUUGUACUGUUCUUUUUUUUUGUACGUACAAAUAGGUACCGAAAUAGCUUCUUUUCACUAAAUUGCAUAAUAUAUGGGUAUGUUCCGUGUUAUAAUGAUGCUGCACAGCCUGGUAUGUUUUACUUUGAGUUAACAUCUAUUGGUACAUUGUACUGUUCUUUUUUUUGUACAUACAAAUAGGUACCGAAAUAUCUUCUUUUCACUAGGCUGAGUGGUAGUAUGAGAAUGACUUGCAGUGGUGUGCUAAAUUGCAUAAUAUAUGGGUAUGUUCCGUGUUAUAGUGAUGCUGCACAGCCUGGUAUGUUUCGCUUUGAGUUAACAUCUAUUGAUACACUGUACUGUUCUUUUUUUUUGUACGUACAAAUAGGUACCGAAAUAGCUUCUUUUCACUAGGUUGAGUGGUAGUAUGAGAUUGACUUGCAGUGGUGUGCUAAAUUGCAUAAUAUAUGGGUGUGGUCCGUGUUGACUGUAGCAGUCGUUCAUUAGUACUUAGUAUUUUUACAACAAGAAGGGCUGCAUCAUGGUACCUCUACUCUUCUAAAAGGUGCAAUGGUUGAAGUUCCUAUCUGAGAAGACUUGGUUGUGAACUGAAUCCUGAGUGAAGAAAGCCCUGAUGCAUCAAUGUAAAGGUUGUAUGUAGCGGCCACCUGCGCUAUAGCUUGGCCACUCGACUCGUCAAACAUAGUAUGGAAAGCUUGGGUCUUAUAACAAUUAACUUCAAUUUGUAGUGAUUACUGUAUCAUGUUUCCUGUAUUAGUAUCCACCAAUGUCAAGUGUAAAGAGUGACAAAAUGUGAGGCGCUAGAAUCAUUUAAUUAUGGUUUCAAUGCUUUGGUUGUUAAAGCUUCACUGUACACUUUAUAUUUUUAAGUUAUUGAAGAGAUCAGAUGUGAUGUACAUCCGUUGGCCAACAAGAAUUAUAUAUGGCCGGUACUUGAGUAUGGUCACUCUCUAGAACUCAGGCCUUGCCAGAGAGCAUAUUGAUCAAGUGCAUUCAAAGAAGCAUUUAACAUUGGCAUUCUGGCUGAUGAAUUCACCAGUUUUGAAAAUUACAUUUUGAGGCUUGGACUGGAGAGAUUGGCCACCCAUACUUAUGUUAUCACUAUGUACAACAUUUCAGGGCUACAAAGUUUAGUAAAUGUUAAGACUGGACUCUUAUUAGCAAUUUAUCUUCUGCUGUGACAACUCUCCUCAAGACUAAUCCAUAGUAUAUAUUUGCACUAAAUCAUGAAUUUUUAAUAGCCCACUGCAUCAUAUGACCAACAUCUUGAACUCUGUGGAGUGGUCAGAGAGGUAGAUGUUGAGAUGCUUGGCCGCACAUGACUCUUUGGACAGACCACAGUUAAUGAUUGGUUCAUGUUUUGAAUUGUCUUUGAUCGACAUUGCUGUAUUUGUAAAAUGAAUGCAAUGCAUAGUAAGUCCCAACAAGUGGUUUUAAUGUGGUUUAUUAAAAUUGAAUUGAAUUAAGACAGUGUAUUAAGGUAAA